AGGGGGCAAUGGGGCUUAAUAUGACUGUGGGGCAUGGAGCCACAAAGCCGCUCAAAUGUGUCCCAACUGGCCAUCAUUAUGAUGGAGAAUUGUCCAGGCCAAAGUUUCCCAUCAGGUCUUUCCUGAUUACUAGCUCCAGAUCCCACCAAAGGCAUCGCAGGAGUUGCGGUCUGUACCCUGGACCUCCGGCAUGCUGCUCCCAAACAGACCCCAGCGUAUUGUUCUAGAUUUCCUGGUCCUGCCCAGUUUUACAAACUUACUUGCUUACCUAGCAUUUCCUCCCAUGCCUUCCAAUAAAAAGGAGCUCCAGGGUCAGAGGAGCCCUGUCUGUCCGUCUCACUCUUGGGCUCAUGAGAGAAUGUGGAAGGAAGUGCUGUCUGUGACCUUCUACCGGGCUGUCUUCUCCGAGUUUCUAGCCACCUCCAUCUACGUCUUCUUCGGCCUGGGCUCAGUCCUCCCCUGGCCCUCGGCCCUGCCUACCAUCUUACAGAUCUCAAUCACCUUCAACUUGGCUGCAGCGACCGUCGUGCAUAUUGCCUGGCACGUCAGUGGUGCUCUUCUCAACCCAGCUGUGACUCUGGCCUUCCUGCUUGGCUCUCGCAUCUCUUUUGCAAGAGCAGCUUGCUACAUGGUUGCGCAGCUGGCUGGAGGCAUCGCUGGCGCAGCCACCCUGUAUGGAGUGACACCAGAAGAGGUGCACAGAAGCUUUGGCAUUAACACGGUGCGGAGCAACAUCACUUCCGGACAAGCCGUGGCUGUGGAGCUCAUUCUCACCUUCCAGCUGGUGCUGUGCUAUUUUGCUUCCACGGACAGACACAGAAAUUCCAACUCCCCCGCCACGUUCAUUGGCAUGUCCGUUGCCCUGGGACAUCUCAUUGGGAUCUACUUCACCGGCUGCUCCAUGAAUCCUGCACGAUCCUUUGGCCCUGCUGUCAUAGUCAAGAGGUUCUCUGCCCACUGGGAAGGACCCUGCUAUCUCAAGAGGAAUACUUUACCACACUGCUCAUUCAGCUCCCUUGCUUCAGGGCCCAAGUGUAAAGACACUUGGGUUCCUCUCCAGGUUUUUUCCCCUCUGAAACUGUGCACCCAGAAAGGCCAGUCUAGGGGGACACCGUCCCUUCGACGGCUGCUGCAGUGUUUGAGUGUCUGAGCCAUUUAUUCUUAAUGGAGUGUAACCACAGGCCUAAACCCAUGUUCCUGAUGAAACAGCUUGAGCAGAGCGGCUCCUUUUCUUCCGCUUGGACAUCUGCUCUUAGAACACAGGCACAUAAAUAAGUGUUAGGAUAAAAGUCAAUCUAAUCAAUACUGAGAAACUCCUGGUCUUGUACUGCAGGGUAAGAUUCAGGGCCCAACGCAUCUUUUGUCUUUUAAUGUGGAACCCUUUUCUGGACCGGAGAUGGGGAAGUUGUGAGCCACAGAUCUCAGCACAGAACUGAACCGGAGCAGCUGAGUCAUUUUAGCUCAGGGCUACAGAAAAUGAACAUGCUCCCAAGCAGCCCCAAGCAACUUUGCCUUAAUGAAGGGUGGAGCACUGCAAGCAGCUGCCCGCCCAAAUGAAACCAGGCUCAUUGUAAGCGCUGCCGCCUGGUGGUACUGUGCAGACACGGCCAUCGGCUGCGUGGACGUGCAGCUGAAGGGUCAGAACGCCAGGCAGGGAUGAAGCCAUCUUAGCCAAAGGAGCCCCAACCCUACGAAUAACUUCUCCUACCACAGCUGAAUUGUGCCUACGGGGUCAUCACCUCUUAUCUCAACUUCCUCACUGUCCUCUCUGGUCCUGACAAAUUCCCUUUUCACUUGAGCCGUUUGAAAUGCUGCCCCCAAGUCGAUAAUCCUGGCCGGUCACUUGGCCCCCAUCUCCUCCCCUUUGGUUAUAGAUGGGGUUAGACAAUACCUGCCCCCUCAUUCCACAUCCAAUGACAAUCUUGGUUGCCUGUUUUUUCAAAUGUCCAGGAAAAGCAGACGGGGCUGUUCCAUGCCACCCCAUCGUGCCUGGACGGCACUCACCAUAAAUGUCAAAGCCACGUGUCACGGGGCCACCAGAGCUACCCCAACUUUUAAACAGUCCCGUGGAGGAACCCCCUUCAGUGUGCCAGAGCCCCCUCCCAAUCCGAGGUCCCACUCCUCUUCAAUGGCAGGCCACAUGGCCUCAGUGCCUCUGCAGCUGAGCAUCGGGGCUCUGGCACUCCUGUUUCGCACCCUCAGCUCUGCCAAAUGACUCUGUGUGAGAUAUUCGAACUAGCCUUCUGGUGUGAGAUAUUCGCCCUCUCCAGGGACCUGGGCAGGUAUUUGCAAGGGGCCUGGCAGCCUGUUCACACCUGCGCAGGUGUUAGUGCUCAGUCGGAACAUGGCAGCCAAGAAAUAAAGGCUUAUGACAUAGCCCAUUCACUCCCCUCGGCCAGUGGUUUCUUGCAGAUUCUCCAUCCCGCUCCCAGAAGCGCACGCAGGCUCUCGCCCAAAAGCCACCCUUGUCUGACACUGGCCAAUGCUGAGUUCACGUGGGCUGCUCUGGGAGGUGCCAGAGGCGUACCGUGCAUUGCUCAGCCCUCGGGCUUCCAUUGUCUUUGCAGACCCGCCAGGGCGAUGGUCAGUUACAGCCAGGCUUUCACCGAUCACAUGGCACCUUAGGUCUCCUGUUCUUCCCCAGUGGGUAACAAUGCAAAGCGAAGAGGGAAACUGAGGCAGGCAGCGUGCUUAUAACAAAUAUUACAGAAAACUCCCACUUCAUCAGACCCCUUCACAAUCUUCUUUCACGUCCCUUUUUAAAAAUUCCUCCCUCUCUGAUCCCUAUAAAGUACCAUUAUAGUGGAUUAGCCGCCUGCUAGGGUGUUGUCACUACAGCAUGUUGGACUGAAGUCCCACUUGGCUGGUUACUUACCCUGCCGUAACUGCAGUACUCUGACGUGCUGUGCUCAGCAUGGAGCCCACCUAAGCUCCCUUUAAGCGGUGCGGCCUAGCAGCUUCCUAAGAACCGAACAGGCAGUCAAGGAACCCGCCCAAGGCGGUUGGCAUGACCCUGGCCCAGACACAACCACGGCCAGGGCAGCCCUGGCUGGACCUGGAGUCCCCCCCACCUCCACCACUACAGCUAAAGUGAUCCAGCCCAAGACUCCCCCAGGGAUGGCAGGAGCAGCCUGGCCUGGACCCAGCCGCAGCACCAGGAUGUGCUGCAGAUGGGGAAUCCUCCAGCUCCAGCCCAGUCUGACACCUGCUGUGGUUGGGAGGGGCACCUAUCCUGAAGCCCCGCCGGAGCUGCCAUAGCAGGGAGAGGCGGUUUCCCCCCCUCCCAGCUCAGGUGCUGCUGUCGGGAGUGGGGGGAGGAUUCCUUGCUCCUCACAGUAGCCCUGGAGCAACCUCCUUCACCUCAAACCCCUCCCUGGAGUCUGCACCCCCAGCCGGAGCCCUCACACUCCUUAGCCUCCUGCCCCCGGCCUCAGCCCUCCACACUCAGAGCUCCUCGAUCCCCUCCACAUGAAUUUUGUUAUGGGCACCCAUGUGUCACCUGCAUGUCACACGUCACCUCCACAUUGGUGCCCAUAACAAAACUCAUUCCGCACAGGGGUGGGAAACAUUAGCGGGAACUCUGGCGCCACCUGCAGGUUGACAUGUGACCGUGUGUGUAUUUUCUUAGCAGUGCCUGACAGGGCCCCUCUCCAACCAUGAAGGGCAGCCAGGCCCCCAGCCUUCCCUCAGUUCUCUCACAGCUCCAAGAUGGCGUCAGCUGCGAAUGCCAGGAGCGGCUGGCCUGAGCUAUACUCCUCUUUGCCCAGAUACAGGAGAGGUUCCCCCGCCCAGGGCCAGGCCAGGGCAGCCUGCAGAAGGGCUGGCAUCCCGCACACUGACUCUGUGCUGCCUGUCGAGGUACCUCCGCUGGGACCGACCGCACUUUCCGGCAGGGACUCCAGGCUCAAUGCAGGAGGGGAAGGGAAGAGAUGUGAUUCCCCAGGAACGUGGGCACCGAUUAACGUGCAGCAGCAGCACUGAUCCCUGUGUCAGCAUGAGGCCUGGUACUGAGAGGACCAGCAGUCGAAGGCAAACUACAAUACUGCAAAGGGCCCCGGUUCCAGGGCUUCCCUAGUUCUUGGUACCGGUGCGUGAUUCUCCCUCACCCUUCCUACAGCUGCCAGCAUCUCGGCAUCAUCUUCAGUUUGUGGCAAGGCUUCUCCCUCCAUCUGGAGUCCUGCUGGGGGGACAGGUCUGCUCCGAGCUGUUCUCGGGGUCCCUCAAGGAGAGAGUAGGGCCUCUCCAUUUUGGCAGGGAAGGGAAAGGCUGUGGAGCCGGGAGGGGGGAGGGGAGAGCGGGGAGGACAGCAAGGCUGUCAGCACUGAGGCUGACAUGAUCAGCAUCAGGGAUACCAGGGCCGAGCAUUUUAGCACAACCUUCUUUUGCCAUUGCCUGCUGCACUAGGCAUUCAGCACCAGGUAGCUAGAGUAUUCGCCAGAGCUAAUAUCACUGCCCUGGAGCCAGAGCUGCCUGGGAUGGUGUGAAUCUUGACUCCUGGGCCACUAGGUCCAUGGGAGUAGGCGUGAGAGACAGCACAAGAGUCUGGGCCGUGUCUCUCCCUUGGGCAGAACAGGCAUCUGCUGUUCCAGUCAGUGGGGAGCACAGGGUUUGUCUCAGAAGCCCUGUAUCUGAAGCCUAGAAGAGACGGGGGGCCCACGGGGUGAGCUGGUCUCUGCAGGAUGGCAAGGGGAGCUGCCUGGGCGAGGCAGUACCUAAAUUUCACCUGGGUUCUGCUCUCCUCAAGUGGACGGCAAGGGAAAU